UUUCAUUGGCCACGGCGGAGGGAGAGGAGGAGGAGAGACUGACGGACUGGCAAGAAUUCCUCGGCGCUCCUCAGAUUUCUUGAAAUCGCGGAUCUCCAGCUCGCCUGCGUCCCGACGGACAUCCAGAGCGACUUCCCUCCUGCCAGCAGAUCUCCGAGCAGCUUCUCUACUCGCAAAAAAUGAUGUCGCGAAGUGCCGCUGUGCUCCUCCUGCUGGCCGUGGCUGUCUGUAACGCGGAGGAGGUGCAGAGCAAAAGCAAAGUGUGUGCCAAUGUGUUCUGUGGGGCCGGCAGAGAGUGUGCUGUCAACGAGAAAGGAGAGCCCAGCUGUCUGUGUAUAGAGAGCUGCAAGCCCCACAAGAGGUCAGUGUGUGGCAGCAACGGUAAGACCUACAGGAAUCACUGUGAGCUCCACAGGGAUGCUUGUCUGACUGGCCUGAAGAUCCAGGUGGCCCAUGAUGGACACUGCCAGGCGAAGAAAUCAGAGCAGGCAGCUGCCAGCCCAGUGGUUUGCUAUGCUGCUGACCGCAAUGAGCUGAGGAGUCGUGUGAUCCAGUGGCUGCAGACUGAGGUCGUCCCAGACGGCUGGUUUGUCAAGGGAUCCAACUUCUCUGACAUCCUGCUCAAAUACUUCAAGUCAUAUGACAACGGUGAUUCUCAGCUGGACUCCUCAGAACUGCUCAAAUUCAUCCAGCAAAAUGAGUCGGUUGUGGAGCUGCAGUCCUAUGCAGAUCAGGAAAGCAACAAGCUGCUCAGGAGCCUGUGUGUUGAUGCCCUCAUUGAGCUCUCUGAUGAGAACGCAGACUGGAAGCUGAGCUUUGAUGAGUUCCUCAACUGCCUGAAGCCUGGCUUCAACCCACCAGAGAAGAAAUGUGCCUUGGAGGAUGAGACAUAUGAGGAUGGAGCAGAGACCCAGGUGGAGUGUAACCGCUGUGUUUGUGCAUGUGGUAACUGGGUCUGCACUGCCAUGACCUGCACUGAUAAAACAGCAGCUAUAGAUGAGUCAACAGACACUGGGGCAGAGAUGACUGAGGAGGAGUGGAACCUCCGUGUGGCUGAACUCAACAAGCACCAGGAAACAGUUGAAAAGAUGAAGAGCAGCACAAAGGAGGCCUAAACAAGGACGCAGUGAAGGAGAGGAUGCGCGCCAUCACCAUUCCUCCAUACUUGAUUUGUUUUGCGGCCAUGUGUUGUUCUGAAACUGACUUUUUCAUGUUUCUCUACUAUGUUAAUUAUUAUACUUUUUACAUUGUUUAAGUGUUUGUGUCGAUGUUUGUUAGAUUCAGGGGCAAUCAAAGUGUAUUAUAGGAUUCCCUCGUGUUCACUAGCCCUGGGGCUUUUUUUUUUUUACUACAAUCCUUAUAUUUUUACAGUUAUUAUGAAAAAAAAAUCAAGCUGUCACAGUUUUGGAAUAUGGAAGUCAUUGUUUGCUAAGGUAUUGAGUUUAGGAUCUUGGAGAAUCCAGCUGUUGAAAUGAAGGAGCUGUCGGAGUGCAGAGAAGGUUGACCACCUGACACCUGGUGCAGCAUAUUUCUCACACACUCACAGGUUUUUACAGUCAGCAUGUUGGUUAGAAAACAGAGAAAAGAGGGCAAAGCUACUAGUGAUGUGUGUUGCCAUUUAGCACUGCAAAAGUAGGCCACUACUUGACCAGUGCACUUCUCUUUUUUUCUGUCUAGCGUUCACGGGCUUUAGUUUAUCACAAGCCUGAAAUUUGUUUAUAUCUUAACUGCUAAAAUAAUAAUUUUGCUGCAGAAACAUUUGCUUCUAUGUACAGUAUGUUAGCGGCUUGAGUUAGGACUCAAUUUUGUCCCCAUGCUGUGCUCAUGCAAGUUUCUCUGGUGCUUUCCUGUUAAAUAUCUCCCUGUCUGUGUCUUAUUUUUCUGAGACAAAGACAUAGUGGUCCAUCUCUCAGUGCGGGGCAGCACGACUGCACCCAGGUGAGACCUGAUCUGAAUACAGCAUGGUGGACACUGAAACCAAAGUCUUGAUGUUUGAAUGAUGUACAAAACUCUCCAGGUAAAACAUUACUUUGGACCCAGCAACAACACUAUACCUGUGCUUUCAGAAUCACUCUAACAGAAGGACUAGCCUCACUGUCAGCUAAAGUAGCUUAGACGCAUCAAUAACUGGGUGCAUAUAAAUUGUGUGUGCGUGUGUGUAUGUAUGUGUGUGUGCUAUUAAUGUGUGAUGCUGAAAGUAGUUUGGUUUGUUAAAUGUGUGUAUUUGUUAAAAUCCUGUAUCUGAACUGGGAGGUUUGACAAUAAGAAUCAGUGCCUUAGACCUGCAAACAGUCCAGGUUUCUACCUUUGCCUGCCACAUGGCAUAGCAAGAAUGUGUGUGCUUUGCUGAGAUUUAGCAGUAAACUAGUGCUUUGUGACUCCAUCCCUGAUACAUGUUUGUGUGAAAGUUGCAUUACUAGGUUCAAGCUAAAUCUUUAUAUUCCACUAAAAGUGCAGAGACUGUAAGGACUACGUAUGUAUGCCAAUAAAGCCCAUACACUACAACA